AUGGAGGUGAAGUUACCAAGAAAAAGGGACGUCCCAAGGAAAACGAUUCUGAUUUCCUGUCAUCAAUUGAAAAUGUUAUGCUUGGGAUGUGUCCAAAUGAUCGUGGUUGUUGAUUACACAGAUGUGAUAUCUAUGCAGAAUUGGUCGCAUCUGCAUGCUGUUCUUGAACAACUAAAUCAUUUGCCAUCAAAAGAGCAUGUAACCAAUGUGAUGCGGAUCAGGCCAUGGUACCUGGAUGAGCAAGCACGGUACUAUCGGCAAACAAUAAUCUUAAGUUCGUAUCUUACGCCAGAGAUGAAUGCUUUGUUCAACGGAUUAUGUCGAAAUUACGAGGGGAAGGUUAAGCUGGCGACUGAGUUUACAGGUGUUCUUCCCAAAAUACAGCUUGAAAUACGGCAGGUGUAUGAACGAUUUGAUGCAUCUUCUAUUGGUGAACUUGAUGAUGCCCGCUUUGAAUAUUUCUGCACAAAGGUGUACCCAAAGAUUCAGGAGUCAGAUGAGGGCGGAGUGCUGCUAUUCGCCAGUUCCUAUUUUGAAUACAUUAGGCUGAGCAGUUUUUUAAAAUCUCAGGAUGCUUCUUUCUGUAGAAUUGGGGAGGCGACAUCACAACAGGAUAUAUCUCGUGCAAGGCUCUGGUUCUUUGAGGGCCAGAAGAAGAUCUUGCUUUAUAGCGAGAGAUCUCACUUCUUCCACAGAUACAAGAUCAGGGGAGGACAUCAUUUGGUCGUCUACUCAUUGCCAGGGAGAAAAGAUUUCUAUCCAGAGCUUGUAAAUAUGCUCGGUGAAUCAGGAAAUCCUAGGUGCAAUGUGUUUUUUUCUCGGCUGGACCUCCUUAAGCUGGAGCGGAUCGUUGGAACGUCGUCUGCACGGAGGCUGAUUUCUUCCGAUAAGGAUAUGUUUGUCUUCUGCUGA